AGAAUUGGGGCCUCACAAUCACUAGCUAAUAUGCCUUUCUCUCAUGCCUUUCUUAGUUCGUGGUUCGAUAUUCUGGUGUCCUAGGCGUAGAGGAACCACACCAAUCCAUCCCGAACUUGGUGGUUAAACUCUACUGCGGUGACGAUACUGUAGGGGAGGUCCUGCGGAAAAAUAGCUCGACGCCAGGAUGAUAAAAAGCUUAACACCUCUCAUUCUUAUUACUUUUUCAAUAUGAAAAAGUAAUAAGAAUGAAAAGGUCGUCUUAUUCAAAAACCCAAUUAUGACAUUCCUUCUCUCCCACUUCACACCUCGGAAUGCACCGUUCUUAUUCUUAUAGAGUAGAGAGAAACGCGCUUUCACACCUUCGUAACCCGAAAUGGCUGGGGAGAGGAAAGGUUCCUUUUUUUGAGGAUACCCCCGGAAACAGAUCCAGUGGAGGCGGGGUGGGGCCUGUAGCUCAGAGGAUUAGAGCACGUGGCUACGAACCACGGUGUCGGGGGUUCGAAUCCCUCCUCGCCCACAACCGACCCCAAAGGGAAGGACCUUUCCCCUUUGGGAGUAGGAAAAUCAUGAUCGGGAUAGAGAACCCAAAGCUAUGGAACUUGGGUGUGGGUCUUUUGUCGAAGUGGAAUGGGCCUUACUUUUUUUUUAUUACGUGUUAUCGUGAAUGGACUUAUACUUACAUAUAGUAUGCCCAGACCACCAGCAUAUUUUUUUUGUUUAUAGCAAAAAUGCGUUCCUCAUCAUGUCAUUAAUAUGUUUUAUGUUUGCUCGCGGUAAUUGUAGCCUCUCGGGAGAAUCAAUGACUGCAUCUUUGAUGCACUGCUAGUACAUCCGAGAAUUCUUAAUUGGCUAGUUGUAAAUAGCCCCAGGACUAUGGAACAAAAGAUUCUCCCGGACCUACACCGAGGUAUUGACGGAGAUUUUCAAAUAGCGCCGAACAGAAUGAGAAUGUGAUACGACGAGAUAGAAAAAAAGACAGGGAAGGGGUCACACACUUACUCUUAACGGUCAAAGCGAGCCCCUUCGUUCUGAAUUAAAGAAUGAAGAAUGAAUCCAAUCUCCCCAAGUAGGAUUCGAACCUACGACCAAUCGGUUAACAGCCGACCGCUCUACCACUGAGCUACUGAGGAACAACGGGAGACUCGAUCUCAUACAGUUCAAUUCCCGUUCUCAACCCAUGACCAAUACGAGCUCGAAACUUCUUUCGUAACUCCCGUAACUUCUUCGUAGUGGCUCCCUUCCAUGCCUCAUUUCAUAGGGAACCUCAAAGUGGCUCUAUUUCAUUAUAUUCCAUCUAUAUCCCAAUUCCAUUCAUUUAAUAUCUCUUUGGUGUCAUCGACAUAAGAGAUGUCGUUUCUAGUCUAUCUCUUUCUAUUUCUAUAUUUAUAUAUGGAAAGUUAAAGUUAAAAAAUCAUCAUAUAAUAAUCCAGAAAUUGCAAUACAAACGAAAAAGGGAGGUUUGUGAUGAUUUUUCAAUCUUUUCUACUAGGUAAUCUAGUAUCCUUAGGCAUGAAGAUAAUCAAUUCGGUCGUUGUGGUCGGACUCUAUUAUGGAUUUCUGACCACAUUCUCCAUAGGGCCCUCUUAUCUCUUCCUUCUCCGAUCUCAGGUUAUGGAAGAAGGAGAAGAAGGAACCGAGAAGAAGGUAUCAGCAACAACUGGUUUUAUUAUGGGACAGCUCAUGAUGUUCAUAUCGAUCUAUUAUACGCCUCUGCAUCUAGCAUUGGGUAGACCUCAUACAAUAACUGUCCUAGCUCUACCCUAUCUUUUGUUUCAUUUCUUCUGGAACAAUCACAAACACUUUUUUGAUUAUGGAUCUACUAGCAGAAAUUCAAUGCGUAAUCUCAGCAUUCAAUGUGUAUUCCUGAAUAAUCUCAUUUUUCAAUUAUUCAACUAUUUCAUUUUACCAAGUUCAACGUUAGCCAGAUUAGUCAACAUUUAUAUGUUUCGAUGCAACAACAAGAUGUUAUUUGUAACAAGUAGUUUUGUUGGUUGGUUAAUUGGUCACAUUUUAUUCAUGAAAUGGGUUGGAUUGGUAUUAGUCUGGAUACAGCAAAAUCCUUCUAUUCGAUCUAAUAAGUACCUUGUGUCAGAAUUGAGAAAUUCUAUGGCUCGAAUCUUUAGUAUUCUCUUCUUUAUUACCUGUGUCUACUAUUUAGGCAGAAUGCCGUCACCUAUUUUUACUAAAAAACUGAAAGAAACCCCAGAAACGAAAGAAAGUGAGGAAGAAACAGAACAGGAAGAAGAGGGAUUCACCGAAGAAGAUCCUUCUCCUUCCCUUUUUUCGGAAGAAAAGGAGGAUCCGGACAAAAUCCAAAUCGAUGAAAUGGAAAAGAUCCGAGUGAAUGGAAAGGACAAAACAAAGGAUGAAUUCCACUUGCACUUAAAAGAAGCAUGCUAUAAAAAUAGCCCAACUUCGUUAGAAAUACUUAAAGAAGAAAAGAAAAACUUCUUCGGGUUUGAAAAAUCCCUUCUUUUUCUUCUUUUCGACUAUAAAC